ACCCGGAAUUCUCACACACGAAAGCCAUCUUCCUCCUGAAAUUUCUUUCUAUCGGCUCCUUCCCCCACUUCCGGGUUACUCAGACCUCUGCCAAAGUUUCUUCUAAAAUCUCAUUCCACCCAAGGUUACAGACCUCUCCUCUGAUUGAUCUUCGUCAUUUCUCACUUUCAGACUCCGAUUGACCGAUGUUGCAAUGCAUAUUUUUGCUAUCCGAUUCUGGAGAGAUUAUGCUGGAGAAACAGCUCACUGGCCAUCGUGUCGACCGAUCUAUAUGCGUCUGGUUCUGGGAACAAUCCCUAUCUCAAGGUGAUUCCUUCAAGCUGCAGCCAGUGAUUGCUUCUCCAACACAUUAUCUUUUCCAAGUUAUUCGCGCUGGAAUCACUUUCUUGGCCUGCACCCAAGUCGAAAUGCCGCCUUUAAUGGGCAUUGAAUUCCUCUGCAGAGUGGCUGAUGUUCUCACCGAUUAUCUUGGGGAGUUGAAUGAAGAUUUGGUCAAGGAUAAUUUUGUUAUUGUGUACGAGCUUCUGGAUGAGAUGAUAGACAACGGUUUCCCCCUCACUACAGAACCUAACAUCUUGAGAGAAAUCAUAGCUCCACCAAACCUUGUCAGCAAAGUAUUGAGUGUGGUGACUGGUAACAGUUCGAAUGUGAGUGACACCGUUCCAGGUGCAAUUGCAUCUCAUGUUCCAUGGAGAACAACUGAUCCAAAAUAUGCUAAAAAUGAAGUUAAUGUUGAUCUUGUGGAGGAGAUGGACGCGAUUCUAAACAGGAAUGGCCACCUGAUCAAGUGUGAAAUUUAUGGUGAGGUCCAAGUAAAUUCUCAUCUAUCUGGUCUUCCUGAUUUGACUCUUUCAUUUACAAACCCUUCAAUCCUUGAUGAUGUGAGAUUCCAUCCUUGUGUUCGGUUUCGUCCAUGGGAAUCACAUCAAAUCCUGUCUUUUGUACCUCCUGAUGGACAGUUUAAGCUCAUGAGUUACAGGGUUAGAAAGUUGAAGAAUACUCCUGUAUACGUAAAGCCUCAGUUUACUUCAGAUGCAGGGACAUGUCGAGUCAGUGUGUUAGUAGGAAUUCGACAUGAUCCUGGAAAGCCAAUUGACUCGAUAGAUGUGCAAUUUCAAUUGCCCUCAUGUGUUCUGUCAGCUGACCUUACAUCAAAUUAUGGAACAGUGAACAUCCUAUCUAAUAAGAUCUGCUCUUGGACAAUUGGAAAGAUUCCAAAAGAUAAAACCCCUUCAAUGUCUGGAACAUUAACACUCGUAACAGGAUUACAACAGCUUCAUGUAUUUCCAACAUUUCAAGUGCGUUUUAAGAUCAUGGGUGUAGUCCUCUCUGGCCUGCAAGUAGAUAAACUUGAUGUGAAGAACUUGCCAAAUCAUCCUUACAAAGGCUUUCGGGCUCUAACACGAGCAGGACAGUUUGAAGUUCGAUCAUAACCAAUAGCAGCAACCCUCGAUCUCAAGUGCACAAUCUUCUAUUAUGAACUUGCACAAUUUGUGACCCUUUGUAAAGUUUAUUUAAAUGAUGCCUUUUGGCAGCUCAGAAGUGAUUCCUGUUUUAGUGAAAUUGAUUCUUUGUCAAUCUUUGGUGACCUUUUACUUAAUCGAUGAAUAAAGAAAUAUUCAAUGAGUGAGACAGGACACAAUAUCAAACUCUAAAA